GUUCUCCAUGUGAGAUUUACGCCCUGUCAGCCUCUUUUGUUUCUGGCCAAAGGGUGUGUUUCCCUCAGCUGUCGGGCUGUAGUUUGUGUAGACGUACUGAGGGACUGUUCCUACUUAGCUAGCCCAAGGUCUCCACUGGUGACCUGUGAGCCCUGACCCUGUGUUCAGCUGAGAGCUUACUGCAGCCAGAGAGCACAGGAUGGAGGAGGAGGCGGCGAGGUGCUUCCUGGGGAGGUUUGUGGAGGACUUCCCAGCUGCUCUGGAGGAAGGCAGUCCGCUGCCCGUCAGCCCUCUGAGCCGCAGAGUCUCCCUGGAGGAGCUGCAUGGAGAGAGUCUGGAACUGGGUCUGAGGCUGCUGGCUGCCAGGGGUGCUCCUGCAGGCCUCAGCACCCUCCUGUGCCAGGCUGCGCUGUCCCAGCUGCUGCAGGACGACCUCUCACCUUUCCACUGUGCCCAGGAAGCAGAGGCCAACCAGGAAGAUGAACCGCAAGUAGCCUUACUUCAGUCAGACACAGUGCAGCGUCUCUUCCUCAACAAGCUCAUAGACUUAGCGCUGGCAUGGCAUCAAAAGCUCCCAGAGCUUCCGCCCUCUCGCGUCCUCCAAUGCUCCGUUCACGCCAUCAAGAACACGAGGAGGAAGAUGGAGGACAAACACCUGGCCCUCGCUGAGUUCAACCAGCUCUUUGGAAUCCAGGAUGGGGUGGAGCGUGCCUACUACGGUGUGUUUGACGGCCACGGGGGCGUGGACGCAGCCACCUACACCGCCACUCACCUCCAUGUGGCUCUGAGUCAACAGCAGACACUGCAGAGUGACGCAGCUGCAGCCUUUAAAAGUGCCUUCACACGCACUGAUGACAUGUUUAGAAGCAAAGCCAAGAGAGAGCGUCUGCGUAGUGGCACUACAGGUGUUGCAGUGCUGAUCCAGGGUCAGGAGCUGACAGUGGCCUGGCUGGGAGACUCACAAGUAAUACUGGUCAGAGAGGGACAGGCUGUAACACUGAUGGACCCCCAUAAACCAGACAGAGAGGAUGAGAAGCAGAGAAUUGAGGAUCUCGGUGGCUGCAUCACCUUCAUGGGUUGCUGGCGCGUUAAUGGCACGUAUGCUGUAUCCAGAGCUAUAGGUGACUUUGACCAGAAGCCCUAUGUGUCUGGAGAUGCUGACUGCUCCACAGUCCAGCUGUUGGGGGGUGAGGACUAUGUGUUGCUGGCGUGUGACGGCUUCUUUGAUGCAGUCAGACCUUCAGAGGUCCCUCAACUGGUCCUGGAUGCUCUACAGCAGCCCGCUGACCCCGAGGCAGGAGGAAACACUCUGCCGGAACUGUCCGAGGACGCUAUUGGACAGAGAGUUGCUCAACAGUUGGUGGCUCACGCCAAGUCAGCUGGUUCCAGUGAUAACAUCACAGUGAUGCUGGUGUUCCUGCGUCCUCCGAAGCAGCUGCUGGCUCAACACUCCAGCUCAGGAAGUGCACAAGCAACUCAGGACUCCACUUCCCAAGAUGCAGCACAGAAGUAAAAGAAAGGGUUUGCUGCCAAGACACCACUGUGCCAAGCUACUGCCUGACUCAGCAUUUUUCAGACUUUUUCUUAUUUAGUCAGAAACGCUGCACACUGACAGAAUUGUUCUGAAUCUAACAGAAAACACGAGCAGACAGCUUUGGAGGGAAAGUGCUGAUUCAACGGUGUUUAAUAAAGUGUGAAGGCUGAUGCAGGGACAGAUAAACCUAGCUGAGCGCCAUACUUAACCUGUUACCUUUACCCACAAACCAGCCAGUAUUACACUGGAAUGAUAACCCUCACUAGAUUCAUUCAUUCAGUCCUGAUUUUAACCUGAGUAUUGACUGUUUCAUGUGAUAAGUGACUCUUUCUAAAGAGCUUUGUGUUUGUGUGAUUAUCUGAUGGAAGCAAAGAAAGGUCAGAAUGAUUUGAAUCAGAAGCAACUGAAUAAUUGUAGACUUCCAUCACUAUAAGUCUUAAUGUUGACAUUGAAAUGCCUUUUUUGAUUCUGAAGAUUUCAUGUCUUUUUUGCCUUUCUUUGCCUCUUUAUUCUCUGUGCCAGAAACUAAAGCUUCUCCUCUAUACUGUCAUGACAGUCUGUUACCUUUUUAUAGCUCUGUAUUAAUAUUCACGGUUGAGUUCUCAUCCAUAUCAUCUUAACCAUACAUGUAUGCAUCAUCAGUAUUAAAUGUUCUUUUUGAUUUUGCACUCUGUGUCUUUGAAAAAACAAAUCUCAGUCACUCAGGACCUGCAGUGGGUUUGGAUUCACACUGACAUCAUUAACAGCUGAGUGAAAUGUCUUAAAAAGCUCUUGUUGUUGUUGUUGUUGUUGUUGUUGUUGUUGUUGGGUUGCAGUGGACAUUUUCAUUUUCUAAUAUGCCUUAAAGAACUUCCAUAUCUGUAAUUCCGAGCAGUGUGACUAUUAAAAGAAUGCACUGUGCACAUUAGAGGAAACGACUGGAUUAAGUCAGUAAAUCUGUAGCUGUCAUUUUGAAUGAAGUGGAGACUAGCACAGUUUUUUGUAUUUCUGAGCUUCACAAAGAAAAGGGAACAACAGCGAUCAGAGAGGCAACUGAACAGUCAGUAUUUUUUAUUUUAAAGGUACACAAAUGUGCCAAAACAUAAGCCUGGUAUGAGGUGAGGUAGUUUUAAUGUAGAACAGUUUUAUACUGAACAAACUGACAGUAUUUCUGACUCCUGUCUUGGAUUCUUCAUAUCCUUAAAUAACCAUUCUUAAUCGUGUCUUAAUCAUGUUGAGAUUAAUAUCAACAUUUGAGCUGUAAUGAUUUUUUGGAUUUUAAUAACACUGUAAUAUUCAGUUUUAUCUUUGAAAAUAAAGUUUGAUUUGCUGAUA